GAUGCAAAACAAUAUUAUAUAUAAAUAUAUCAAAAGAGGACUUGUUUAUAUUUCAAAUAAACAUAAAAUACAUAAAGAUUAUAAAAACAUUUUUAAACAGACAUCUAAUGUGUUAAAUACAUAUAUAAAUACAGAAAAUUCAGUAGAAUCUUGUUAUAUGAAUAAUGGUUUGCGCCUUAUAUGUGAAUAUAGAAAUUCUUUUACCACCACCAUAGGAUGUUUUGUACCAGCUGGUGCAAUGUAUGAAAUGCCAGAAGAACGUGGUAGCGUUCUAUUUUUAGAACAUUUACUUUUCAAAAGAACAAAAAAUAAAAAUAAGGAACAAUUGGAAAAUAUAUUACAAGAAAUUGGUGGAAAAGUUACAGCUAUUGCUAUGCGAGAUAUAUUUAUUUUUUAUGGAACAGUACUUUCAUGUAAAGUAGAUAAAUUAAUUCAAUUAUUUGCAGAUAUAAUUUUGAAUGGAGAAAUAUGUGAUAAAGAUGUUAUACAAGAAAAGAAUAUAAUUUUACAUGAACUUUGUCAAAUAGAAUCAGACAGAGAAAAAGUUGUGAUGGAUUAUUUACCAAGUAUUGCAUAUCAGGAUACUGCUCUUGGUAAUAGUGUAUAUCCUGAAACUGAUAUAGUAAAAAAAUUUUGUACAAAAAAUUUAAUUGAAUUUCGUAAUCGAUUAUUUCAAAUAUGUUGCAUGACAAUGAUUAGUACUGGAUCCAUUAACUUAAAAGAAUUGCAAGAAAUUAUUUGUAAACAUUUUAAAUGUGAUGUUGAAGAUUAUAAAUCAAUAUUUGGAGUUUUUAAUAAAAUGCAAUCUUAUAGAGAAUCACUUGAAUACCGAUUCUCAGCUGCUGAAUUACGAUUGAGAGAUGAUGAUAAUGAAUUAGGAUAUGUAGCAAUAGGACUUGAAGGAUCAAGUUAUAAACAACGUGAAGAUCAUAUCGCACUUACUGUAGCUAAAGAAAUUAUAGGUUCUUGGGACAAGACAUGUAGCGGAAGGAAUAAUAAUGCACCAUAUAUUGCACAUUUAGCAUUCAAUACAGAUUUGUGUUACAUGUACAAAUCCUUUUUUCAUAAUUGGGCACAGACUACUAGUAUUUGGGGCUGUUAUUUCGUUUGUGACAAAUUAUGUCUUUUGGAUAUGAUUCGUGCAUUACAAAAAGAGUGGAUGAAAUUAUGUACAACAAUAACUGAAAAAGAAGUUUGUCGAGCUGUUAAUCAAUGUGUUACAAAUAAUUUAACAAUAUUGGAUGAUCCAACAAAUCGUUUUUUUGAUAUUGUUGAAAAUGUUUUUAGAUAUGGAUGUUAUGAACCUAUUGAACAAAGAAUUGCAGAAUAUGAGAAAAUAACAGUAGAUAAAAUAAGAGAAGUUUCUGAAAAAUACAUUUAUGAUCAAAGUCCAGUUGUUAUAGCACUUGGUCGUAUUGAAAAUUUGCCAGAUUAUCCUAUUAUAAGAAAUGGAUUAUAUUUAUUACGAUAUUAAAGAUAAUUAUAAAAAAAUUUAAGUAAUAAAACAAUAAUAGGUUUUCUUUUAAUAUUUACAUAAUUUCUACUUAAAAAUUAAUAAAUAAGUCAAAAUGAGUUAAAUAAGUUAUAAUAAAAAGAUUUUUCAUUUCCAUAAUAAACAUAAAAUUAAAAUAGAGAUAAUAAUUUAAGGAAAUUGAAUUGAAAAUUAUAUCUGUAAUUAAAAAUAAAAUCAAAAUUUUAAAUUGAAAUUCAAAAUAUAUUUAUCAUUAAAACAACAAAAUUAUAUUAAAAUUUAAAAGUAGAUUAAACUACUAAAUAUUUUAAACUAAGUAGAUUAAAACAAUGAAUUUAGUUAAAAUCAAGGAUUUGUAUAGAAGUUUACAGUUUGAAAUAAAAACAUAAAUAAUAUUCAAUAACAAGAAAAUUUAAAAAUUUAUUAUACUAUACUAAUGUAUAAAUAAUAUUUAAUAAAACAAAAAGUGAAUAUAAAAAUUUUUUUUAUCCCAUUAAAUUAUAUAUUUAAAUUCUCAAUAUGACAUCAUUUUUUAUAUAUUAUAUAUUAAAAACAUAAAAAAUAAAUAAUUAAUUGAAAAA